UCUAUGUUCAUUUUAACUAAAUUAACAAUAUUUUGAAUAAUUUUUGGCUCUUUUUUUAUUUCAGGCCCAUGAUAGGCCAGAAAUAAAGUUUCCAUCGCCUUUGCAAUUUGUAAAAAUUCUGGCGAUGGCUGUAUUAAUUGCCCUUUGGAUAUAAAUUGAAUCCAAUCAGAAGUAGACGUAGAAGCUACAACAUUCUGUGAUGAGACACCAAGAUGAGAAUAUUUUGUACGAAAACGAUGGGCAACAUAUCCAGCGAGAUACCGGAGACCUUCAUCGCUAACAAUGGUGGAUGGUAAAGAGACAUGAAUAUCAGAGUCAUUAUCAGUGAACUGCAAAUGUGCAAAAUCGUCAAAAUCUUGAUUGCCUGACCCUUCGUUUGAAGUACCGAUUAAUGAUGUGAAAAGGGGCGUUAUCUUCCUCGCAAUUUUUGUUGUUGCUUAAGGCUCUUGGUGAAUGUCUUCCCAGAAUAUACCAUCUUAAGCGAUGCAUAAAAUCUACUGGAUUUGGUUGGUCAUUGGCAGCACCCAUUGCUCUCAUGUGAGAAAAGAAAUUUUCCAAUACGUCUUGAUCCAAGCGAUGGGUCAAAAUAUAUUCCAGAUUGUAUUGUUCUUUGAGGUGCAAAAACAACUUUUCUAGAGAGCUAUUGCUAACAAUAAUCCCUUUUUGAAAUGGUAACAAACAUUUAUGGCCUUUGACUCUUAGCUUUGUUAUAGUUUCAGUCAUUUUAGAUAAAAGUUGUUGCUGCUUCUGGAGAUCUAAACCAUAGCCGACAACGCCAGUGCGCGAAUAUUUAGAAUUGGUAUUAAAUAGAUCAAACCAGUCAUUAACUAACUCGACAAAGUUGGCAAGUAAAUUAAAAUUCGGAUCAUUAAUUAAAUUAUUCUCCCCACAGUACUUAAUGACAUUUGCUGUGGUGCGAGAAAAUAAUUUAGCCGCCCAUUUCACUUUUUGGCGUUGAGAACGCUUAACAUCUAUUAGGUGUUGGGUAAUUUUAUGACCCAUUUUUAAAUCAGAUGUUUCACCCAGAGCUAAAAAUUGUUCAACCGCGCUCUUUGUCAAGGUUGAAUUUUCGAAAAUAAAUCCAUGAUCUAAAAAAUGGUUCCUUAUCAGUUUUAAAAGAUGUGGAACAUCUGCAAAAACAUAAAUGAGCUUUGUUUCAUCACUAGGAUGGCUAAAACUUGUGUUGCUGGUAUUGAUAUUCAAACAGUUCCAUAGUCUCAUGUUGGUCGUACCCAUAUCGCUUACUAUGGCAGUCACUGUGUACCCACUGUGGUACAACUGUUUUAAUGAAUUAUGUAAUAAUUCUUUGGUAACAGCAGUAUCAAAAUUAUAAAAUAUAGGUUGCUUCCAAUUGGAACACAAACUCCGGGCCAUUAUUACUUGGACCGCCUUGUGCGGCCCAAAAACUUGUUCCUUUGUUUUUAGAAAACAAAUUUGUUUAUUCACAAACAUUUCAUUGAAUGAUAAGACAGUGAGUCUUUCUAAAACUGUUAAGUUUUUGGCUUGUUUCUCCAUGAGAAGAGCCACGUUUUUCAGCAAACCUGGACUUAUAUCAAAAGUAUGGGCCCAUCGUCUGAGAGUUCUCAGAUCAGGGAAUGGAAACUUGCAGGUUUGCCUCAAAUAUCGAUAAGCUUUUGGAGUCACACUUCUUAAAGAAAUUGCUGAUGCUAUGUCAUCGGACGACCAACAGACACGUUUCUGUUUAAUUAGGCGCCGUAUCUGACCAGGGGUAAACAGUUUUUUUGAAGCUGUACCAAUCGUCACUAAAUCAUUUUUUUCAUUUAAUUUCUUUACGAGUCGUCUAUUUUCCUCUUCAAUUUUUUCAUCAUACUUUUUCUGUAAUGCAUUAAAUUUCUUUUCCCACUCGUUUUCAUAAUUUCUUUGUUUAGUUGUAUCCUCAAAGUCAUUUAGCGGCCGAAUACCAUGUUCCGUUUCUUUUGCUACGUCUGUAACACCAAACAAAUUAACAUGAUACUUUUUGCGCGCGUUGAUAUCAACUUUUCGCACUAUUUUUUCCGUUGAGCCGUUUUUAUUUGGCGUAAAAUUGUGUUCGACAGACACUUCCACUUGAUCCGAACUUCCACAAAAUCCACUUUUAUUUGGAGAUAAGGGAAUUUUAAUUGUGGGAAUUGCCGUGGACACUAACCUUCUCCUGUUCUUUGGGCUAUAGCCCAAUAUUAUCUGCUGCAUAGAUUUAUAAUUAAAUUUAUCUUCAAAAUGAAGAGAACAUAUUCGAGCUACAAAGAAAACAAAUCUGUGUGAAUAUUCCACUGUUAAAUGUAAAAUACUUAUGCUGUUACCAUUUUUUGUAUUAACAGGAGGAAUCCUACAAAAUGCUGACCACUGCUCUGAUAUCUAUAAAAGUGAAUUCCUUUGGAUUUCUUUUGGCUGGUGUUACAACCCAUGACUGAACAGUAAGCCAUGUUCCAAGAUUUGUAAUAAACAGGAGAUACAAUAACACAAAAACGACAAACUUAAUUCUUGCAUAUACCUGCUACCUCAACUGUCACAAUGUAGAUAUGACGUUAUAUUUUUGUUUUAAGAACGGUAUAAAGUAAAAGAACUUUUCACAAUAUGUUAAAUAAUUUAUUUCUAUCAUUAAAACAAUUCUAUUUCAUGAUGAAAAUGUUUUUUUUUUUGUAGUCCUCCGUUGGGCUCGGUAAAUAUUUCAAUUUCCCGCCUGAAUACAGCCAGGUGACGUCAGCAAACCUGCGUAUGUCCAUACCAUAUUUACUUGUAUCAUGGUCUGAAUGCGCUUUUUCUAUAUUCUUCCAGAAUGGAAUCUAUAAAGUGUUCUGUCUGUGACAAACAAUUUAAUUUUGUUACUUCCAGGAAUAGACAUUUUAGGCGUUUUCACCGUGAUCAAAGUGUUGGUAGGAUUUACAAAACAAAGAUUUUUUGUCCAAUGUGUGGGGAUGAAAUAGAGAGAAAUUUGAAAUCCCAUGAAGAACUCAAAACUCAUCUUGAAAUAAAGCAUAAUAUAACAUUAGAGGUAGAAGAAUUGAUACUAAGUCAUGAAGAUUUUAAAAAUUGGAUUUGCGAAGAACGAAGAGAUGUUAAAUAUAUUAGUCGAAAGCAAAAAAAAGAUGUGCGUUACCCCUAUCAGCUGAUAUAUUAUAACUGCAACAGAAGCUACAAUGGCUAUGAAAGUAAAGCAUUUAAGAGAUUUCCAAAGGCAGGGGGUAGCAAGAAAAUCUGUGGUACUUGUCCAUCAAGAAUCACUGCAAAAAUUUUUGAUGAAGGAACAGUGAAAAUUAAAUAUAUAAAAACACAUGUAGGACAUGAAGAUGAGCUGAGAUAUCAAGGAUUGACAAAAAAUGAAAAACAAGAAAUUUAUUCAAAAUUGAAAAAUGAAGUAUGUAAAAAGAGAAUAUUAGAAGAUGCUCGGACCUUUAAAGGGAAUAAAUUGGAAAGACUACACUUAUUAACAAAAAUGGAUUUGAGAAACAUGAGUCGAAGUUUAUCAAAAACUAGAAAUGCUGAUGAUAUGGCUGCAACAACAAUAAAGGUUUUGCAUGAAUGGAAUCAAAGUGGCCAAAAUUAUGGAUUUUUAUUUAAACAAAUUGGGGAAAGGCAUUCCAUUCUUAGAGAUGAAGAUUUUGCAGUGGGCUUUAUGAACCAGGUGAUGGAAUCUAAAUUUAAACAAUUCACAAAUAUUAUUUGUAUGGAUGGGACGCACAACACAAAUAUUAGAGGAUGGGAGUUAACAACAGUUUUAGUUAAAGAUGAUAGGGGUGUUGGUUUUCCCGUUGCAUUUUUAGUGUCUAGUAGAAAAGAUCAGUUAAUUUUUGAAAAUUUUUUAGAUGCUUUAAAGAAAAAAGUUGGUGAAAAAUUAUGUCCCACCUAUUUUAUGACAGAUGAUGACCCAAAAUAUUAUAAUGCAUGGAUCAACGUUAUGGAAACAAAACCAAGACAUUUAUUGUGUAGUUGGCAUAUUAUAAAAAAUUGGAACAUUCAAGGCAAAGCAAAAUUAAAAAAUACAGAAUUGAAGAAAAAUAUGAAGACUGAGAUGGGAAAAAUUUUAAAGGAAACAAAUGAAGAUAAAUUUAAAGAGCUAUACAACAGUUAUUUUCACAUACUUUUUGAAGCGGGGGAAAUUAUUUUUUUGAAUUAUUUAAAAAAACAUUAUUUUCAGAAUAUGGAACGUAUUAAAAUGUGGGCUCACUGUUACAGACUAAAUGCUGGGAUCAAUACAAAUAUGGCAAUUGAAAGUCUGAACAAAUUUAUUAAAUAUGAUGAGUUGAAUAAGAAGAGAAAUAAUACAAUAGAGAAGUUAUUGGAUAUGUUAGACAGAGUAGUGGAAGACAAGGAAUGGAACAGAAUAAUAGAAACAGAAAGACCUUCUACAGAAACGUAUCAAAGCAGAAUUGUAAGAGACAGACAUAGAAAAGCAGAAAAUUUACAAAAUAUGGUGGAGGAAGUUGGUUUUGGAGAGUUUUCAGUAAGAUCUAAUUCCAAUAAGAUUUAUAAGGUUGUGUAUGGAGACAGAGUGUGUAGAAAUGAUUGUAGGCUCAUGUAUUGUGUAGUUUGCCAAAUCUGUUUGCAUCAUUACAAAUGCCAGUGUCCUGAGUUUAUGGUAAAAAAUAAUUUAUGCAAGAUGUUGCUUUGUUUGAAAGGGAACGGUAUGAAUGUGGGUUAGGGAAGACUAAAGACACUUUUACAGAUAUAGAAGAACAUAAUUAUUGCAAGAGAGUAUUAAUGGAAUCAGAAAAUGAACACAAUUAUUGUGAUAUGCAGAAAAAUGAAGAAGUAAAAAUGUUAAUAGAAAAUAAUCAGCAAACACCGUUGCCAUUGGAUGAUGAAACUUUUCGAAAAUUAAAGCAGGAGUCACUUAAUAAUACUUUGAAUGCACUUAACAUUGAUGAUUUUAAAGAACUUAUGAGCAAUGUCGAUGGAUGGUUAAGAAAAAAAAAACGAGAAGAAUUUAACAAAGAAAAGAGUGCAAGAGACGCAGCAAUAUUAUUCCAAACACUAGAGAAAUGAGUGGAUUUUUGUGACAUGGGUUAUUAAUAGGUCCUCAUGGAAUCACCUUUAUAAAUAAUAGGAUGAGAAUUUUAUUUCUACAAUUUAUGACAGCUCAGGCAUGCGCAUACAUACAGGUUCUUCGGCACAAAUACCGUAUGCUGUCAAGAUUCGUAAAGUAUAUAGGUUGCCUGGUAACUAACGAGUGGUGGGAGGUGUCGCCAUAUUGCUACGUCAUCCAGCGUGCCCACAGCUUGCAGACAGCUUGUUUACUGUAGUGAAACUGAGUGAUUUUGUUGAAAAUUUGUUGUUCUACCGGUGUUUAUAGUAGUAUUUUAUGAUGCCUGGAGGAAGUAUUUGUAGCGUUGCUAUUUGCAAGAACAAUUCCAAGAAGGCGAAAGAAAGUGGACAAAGUCAGACGUUUUUUAACUUCCCUAAAGAUCCCCAGAUUAGGAAGGAAUGGGUUAGGAAGUGCCAUAGGAAAGACAAAUUUGACCCACAAAAUAAAAGAGUUUGCAGCGAUCAUUUUACACCCGAUGAUUAUGAAGAUUUGUUGCAAGCUAGAUUAUUAAAAAUUAGGCCAAAAAAAUUGAAAAAAAACGCUGUUCCUUCUCUACACUUACUGCCCGAGUCAUGUAGCUCAACCACUGCAAUUACAGAACGGACAAAGAGAGCGGAAAUAAAGCAGAGGAAACUGCGGAAACGGAAGCAUGCGUUAGCAGGUGCAUCUACAAAAACAGUAAAAAAAAUGAAGAGAAUUCUAAAUUAAAACGUCUUUUCGUU